AUGAUAUAUGGGUUUCUUCAGAGUCAAGCUGAUCAUACCAUCUUUGAUAAACGUUCUGAAAACAAUAAAACUGCAAUUUUGAUUGUCUAUAUAGAUGACAUUGUGCUUACAGGUGAUGAUGAAGUAGAACUGGUCACUUUAAAGAAAAGACUUGCAAAUGAAUUUCAAAUUAAGGACCUAGGAAUAUUAAAGUACUUCUUAGGUAUGGAAUUUGCGAGAUCUAAGAAAGGUAUCUUUGUUAAUCAAAGAAAAUAUAUUCUUGAUUUAAUUGGAGAAACAGGUUUGCUUGGAUGCAAGGUAGCUGAGACUCCUAUUGAACCUAAUUUGAAAUUGCAAAAUACAAAAGAAGGAGAAGUAAAGGAUGAAGAGCGAUAUCAAAGCCUUGUGGGAAGACUCAUCUACUUGUCUCACAAACGUCCAGAUAUUACUUUUGUAGUGAGCAUGGUUGAAGUUUAUACUGAUGCUGAUUGGGCAGGAAGUACGAUAUAUAGAAGAUCUACUUCUGGUUAUUGUUCAUUUGUUGGAGAUCAGACUACUGAUGUGUUGACAAAAGGACUACUAAAAGUGCAAUUUAACAGGAUGAUUGAUAAGUUGGCAAUAGAAGAUAUCUUUAAACCAGCUUGA